CCCAGCUUGCGCCGCCGCCACCGCUCGCCGCCGCCGCCCGGCUCUCCCCUCAGGUAAGUAGGAGGAGCGGCGAUGUCGCACCGUAAGUUCGAGCACCCGAGGCACGGUUCCCUCGGCUUCCUCCCCAGGAAGCGCUGCUCCCGCCACCGUGGAAAGGUGAAGGCCUUCCCUAAGGAUGACCAACAGAAGCCUUGCCACCUCACUGCCUUCCUUGGCUACAAGGCUGGUAUGACCCACAUUGUGCGUGAGGUCGAGAAGCCUGGAUCAAAGCUCCACAAGAAGGAAACCUGUGAGGCUGUUACCAUCGUUGAGACCCCUCCUAUUGUCAUUGUCGGCCUUGUGGCAUAUGUGAAGACCCCUCGUGGCCUUCGCACGCUCAACACUGUCUGGGCUCAGCACCUCAGCGAGGAUGUGAGGAGAAGGUUCUACAAGAACUGGUGCAAGAGCAAGAAGAAGGCUUUCACAAAGUAUGCCCUCAAGUAUGACAGUGAUGCAGGCAAGAAGGAGAUCCAGUUGCAACUUGAGAAAAUGAAGAAGUAUGCCACCAACAUCCGUGUUAUUGCCCAUACUCAGAUUAGGAAGAUGAAGGGCUUGAAGCAGAAGAAGGCUCACCUCAUGGAGAUCCAGGUUAACGGUGGCACCAUCGCGGACAAGGUUGACUAUGGCUACAAGUUCUUUGAGAAGGAAGUCCCAGUUGAUGCCGUCUUCCAGAAGGAUGAGAUGAUUGACAUCAUUGGUGUCACCAAGGGUAAGGGUUACGAGGGUGUCGUCACCCGUUGGGGUGUCACCCGUCUGCCCCGCAAGACCCACAGGGGUCUCCGCAAGGUUGCCUGUAUUGGUGCCUGGCAUCCUGCUAGGGUGUCUUACACCGUGGCCCGUGCUGGUCAGAAUGGAUACCACCACCGCACAGAGAUGAACAAGAAGGUUUACAAGAUCGGCAAGGUUGGGCAGGAAACUCAUGAUGCCUCGACUGAGUUUGACAGGACUGAGAAAGACAUCACCCCGAUGGGUGGGUUCCCUCACUACGGUGUGGUGAAGGGUGACUACCUCAUGAUCAAGGGCUGCUGUGUUGGCCCCAAGAAGAGAGUGGUUACCCUCCGCCAGUCCCUCCUGAAGCAGACUUCUCGCUUGGCUCUUGAGGAGAUCAAGCUCAAGUUUGUUGACACCUCAUCCAAGUUUGGGCAUGGUCGCUUCCAGACCACCGACGAGAAGCAGAAGUUCUACGGCAAGCUCAAGGCUUAGACUGCUGCAGAUCUUGUCCCAUAGUGUUAUCAGCCUUUUCUUUUCCAAGUUUGUGGCAGAUUGUUUUUGUUCUGGUUUAUGCAUUGCAAUUGCAACUCUGAGCUGCUACUGCUGCGGAUGGUUGAACUGUUGAGGUUUAUGAAUUUUGAACUUGAUAGUAAUGUUACUCCCA